CAUCUUAUCUCCCUCCGAAACCCCAAUUAUCCCCUUUCAUCCACACUCGCAAGCCGCGCACGCGCGCCCUCCGCUCCAACGCCAGCCAUGGCUUCCAUCACCCUCCUCUCCCUCGCUCCCACCGCCACCUUCCUCCACGUCCCAGCCUCCACCUCCUUCGCCGCCGCCCCUGGGCCCCUCACGGUCCGCCAGGCCGCACCUCGUCCCCUCCAGCUCCGCGCGCGCCCGCCCUGCCGCGUCACCGUCGUCUGCAGCGGCGCCGCGGCGGCGGCCGAGGCCUCGGACGCCGCGCCAGCGGAGAAGUUCCGGCUCGACAACCUGGGCCCGCAGAAGGGGUCGCGGCGGCGUCCCAAGCGGAAGGGGCGCGGUAUCGCGGCGGGGCAGGGCGCGAGCUGCGGGUUCGGCAUGCGAGGGCAGAAAUCGCGCUCGGGGCCCGGCGUCCGCCGCGGAUUCGAGGGAGGGCAGAUGCCGCUCUACCGCCGUAUCCCCAAGCUCCGCGGCAUUGCCGGUGGAAUGCACAUUGGGUUGCCGAAGUAUGUGCCAUUCAAUUUAAAAGACAUAGUGCGUGGUGGGUUCAAGGAUGGUGACGAGAUAUCAUUGGAGUCCCUGAAAUCGAGGGGUUUGAUCAAUCCAUCUGGAAGGGAAAGGAAGCUACCUCUUAAGAUUUUAGGAGACGGUGAUGUGUCAGUCAAGUUGAACAUCAAGGCUGGAGCAUUCUCAGCUUCGGCUAAGGAGAAGCUUGAGUCAGCUGGUUGUACUUUGACUCUGUUGCCUAAACGGAAGAAAUGGCUAUCGCAAGCUUAUCUGAAGAACCAAGCCCGCGCAGAAGAGUACUUCGCCAAGAAAAAGGGCGGUGCUGGUGAAACUGAUGGCACGUCUGCAUAGAAUUCAUAUGUGCUGUACUUCUCUUCUACCCUUUUCAUUGGCGUAUACUUAUAGCUCCCUUUUUUCCCCCUAAUUCUUCAUGUACCAUGAAUUUUGUAUCUAUGUGAUAUGCAGUUAUUUUAUGCAUCUUU